UUGUCACGUGCUUUGCACAUGAGAACAAGGAGGAAGAAGAAGAAGCCACGGUUAUCCGUUCGCUGCCACGUUGUACGAGCAUUCCUUUCCGUCGCAGUAGUCAAGUGCUCUGUCCAGCUUCUGCAAUCUCUGAAAGGCUGGAUGUUACGCACCUAGGACACAAUGGAAGAGAGCACGACUUCGCUCCCCGCAGAAAAGCCCUCAAAAUCCAGGAGCAAGGAAAAGUCUGCUGAUCCUGAGAAAAAGAAAUCAAAAAAGUCCAAAGAAAAGACUGAGGACUCAAGGACAUCCGACAAAAAGGAUAAGCGCUCAAAAUCCCAGGAAAAGACGACAGAGUCAAAAGCAUCCAAUCCUGAAGAAAAGCGCAAAUCGAAGAGCAAGGAGAAGACUUCCGAUUCACUGGCGUCGCAUCCUGAUGAAAAGCCAUCGAAAUCAAAACGCAAGGACAAGGCAGCUGAAAGACGCGCUGAAGAAACAUCGCAAGAAAGAGCAGACGAAUCUUCUGUCGUGGUUAAGCCUCGAAAGAGCUCCAAACGGAAGACUCAGGACGAAAUGGUCGGGGUCAGCCUUCCAGUACCACAAGGAAACAAGAGGGAACAAGAGACCAGAGGAACAUCACCAAUAACGUACGCUCUGGCAGGAGCCGUCCUGGUCAUCAUUCUUGGACUGGCGAUACUGGGGCUGUACUUUAUUCUCAAGACCGGUCUCCAAGGGGAAGGUACAGGUCCGAGCCACACGCCUCCAGUACCCACCAGCAACGAAGUGACGACGAGUGCCACUCGAGUACCCGGUGCCGCAAGCAGCGAUGUCACAUCAUCAACUCUAGUACCUGGGGCCGCAAGUAGCGAUGUCACAGCACUGACUCGAGUACCUGAAGCGACUACAAGCGGCGGUAAAUCUUCCAGCACGCCUAGUCCAAGGCCAUUCACUCAAAGCUCAUCGAUCUCCACCAUAAGGUAUGACGAAAGCAUCACUGGCUGUACCACGGAUGACUGUCGGUACAUUCAAAACCUCAUCGACAUGUCUGUGGACAGAAGUAAGGAUCCCUGCAACAAUUUUUACGAGUAUGCGUGUGGUGCAGCCAAGAGAAAUUACGCCGCUCAAUACGACCUUGCCCAAGGGGGAACUCUCGAUGUACUCUCACACAGUAUCUCAGAGUCAAUCAACAGUAGCAUGGACGGAUCAAUUAUACCAAGCAGAAACCAAAGGGUAAUCGAAAAAUGCGCCUCAUUCUUUCGCCACUGCCUCGAUGCAUCAGCGAACCGAAGGAGCAAUUUGGAUGCCAUAAAAGGAUAUUUACAAAGCCAACGCAUGGAUCUGGAAAACCGUAAUCUCCAGUUUGACUCCUUCGAUAUAUUCGUCAAAUUUACGUUAGACUUGGACAUACCUUUAAUAUUCGAAUUCUCCGUAUUUAAAGAGUCGCCGCACCUUAUUAUACGCAUAGACGAGCAUCCCAUGACCACAAGGUACAUGACCGGCUGGUACAGCAGAGGAAGGGGUAAAGCCCGAUAUGUCCACACUGUACUUUCGGACAUCUAUAAUAGGGCAUUCGCUGAAGAUUUUUUAAACGAGCUGGUGGACAAUGUGACAUCCAUAAUUAGAGUAAUCAAGAGGAGUCUCCGUAGACUUCCCUUUAGUGGAGUACAUAUCUGGGAAGUAAUCUCGGCGGCUCCCGACUCACCACUUUUACAGCGGUGGAACGCGGCGCUGAGCCGCUACUUUACAAAUGGAACCCUCUUCCGAUUCUACACAGCCCACAUGAAAAUACUGCGCGACAGGAUUAUCACGGAAGACGCCACGAUGAAGUGGUUUAUGGCGUGGAGGACGGCGGAUUUUCUCUACGCCACACUCGGAGCUCGGGAUGGCAAGGAUGCUCGGGUUACGAGAGAGGAAUGCUACGGGAUAGCGAACACGUUGUUUCCGUUUGUCAUGAGCUCCGCGGUGCUCUUCGCAUCCGUCGAAGAGGAAAGGGUGAAGCGCGUGAAAGCCAUGUUCGAAAAGAUAAUUAAUGCCUUGGAGCGAUAUCUCGAAUACAGCGUCGUAGUAGUAUCCAAUACCCGAAAGGUUGCCCAGACAAAGCUGCAGGGUUUGCAUAAGAGGGCAGAAAUUGGUUACGCGUCUUACCGAGUGAGCACUGAAGCAAACCUCGCGGACCUCUACCGGUCCGUGCCAGACUUGAACGGUCCCUUCAUCAUGGACUUCGUACACGCGAGCGAAAAGACUAGAACGUACUGGUCCAUAGUCUUUGCGGGAGAUCUGGAGUUCGCAGCCAAGUGGAAAGGCGAACUGCCGGUGUUCGACGGCAGCGUGCAUUACGACGCGACACAGAACAAGCUUACAAUUCCGCCUGCUAUGAUGAUGAAGCCUGUCUACGCACUGGAAGCCCCUCCCGAAAUUAACUAUGGCGCUCUGGGACGACUCGUGAUGAAUAACAUCAUGCAUGCAUUCGACGAGAACGGACAGCGUUACAAAGAGGCAGGUCAUGAAGAAAAUUGGUUCAAUUCUGAGAGCAGGAGGAACUUCGAUGAUAAGCUACAAUGCUUAUCUAUCAUGGUGAAUGGACUGCCCAAUGCAGUGAAAGCACAGCACAUUUCGAACGAAUACAUCACAGACGUCAUGGGCACCGAGCCCAUCAUCGGGGCCUACAACAACGAACCAUUGAAGAGCCACGAUGUUAACCCGGGAGAUAAGCUUUUCUACCUAUCUUGGUGUCUGCUGUGGUGCGGUAAGCAGGUCGGAGACCGCCGGUUGGGAACCUUAGAAAAUAGGUGCAACUUGCCUCUUAUGAACACGGAUCAUUUCGCUACUACGUUCGGCUGCGCUUCCAAUACUUUAAUGAAUCCUCGGCUCAGGUGCGUCUUCUGGUGAGACUUACUGCGGGACUACAAGUAGUACCGCGCACCGUGCUCUGAUAUUAAAAGUGAUAUGUUUA